AUGGCCGACAUGCCGUCUGCCCCAGGAAACCAAGCAGACCUUGGGAGCCCAAACUGGCUGGAAUGCAUUACGGACAGAUUUGACAAGAGACAAGUCCCAAGGCACGGCCUGCAUCCCGGGAGAACAAGGACUCGUCAUGCACGGCAGGUCACUGGCGGCGGAUGUGGAGACUACACCCGGGCAGUGGACCAGAGUGCACUGGACUAUGCUGGAGCCCUGGGCCGGUGGAGCACCGCUAUAUGGGACUCAAUCCACAGAGGCUCAGUUCACAGAGACUGCAUGAAGUGGCCCUGUAGAGGCAUCGGCUAA